AUGGUUGUGAAGCGGAGCCAAGCGCAUUUGAGCAAGGAUUCAAAGGUAGAAGUUUGCAGCAACGAAGACGGGUACAAAGGUGCAUGGUUCCCAGCCAUAAUCCUUGACCCACAACCCUCAGAUCGCUCACCAAAGAAGAAAAGGAGGAGCCUUGGCAACUCAAGCAAGGCUCUGGUUCAGUACGAGAGUCUGGUCUCUGACGAUGACCCAAACAAGCCACUCACUGAGCUCGUUGACGUGCGCUCCAUCCGGCCAGUGCCGCCUCCUGACAAUCCUGACCAGCCCUUGGAGCCAGCCGACAUCGUAGACGCCUCUUACCGUGAUGCUUGGUGGGUGGGGGUUGUUAUGGGGUUUGAGGAUGACAAGUAUACUGUGGGUUUCAAAAACCCACCUGAUCUGCUUGAGUUAAGGCGCUCUGAGCUGCGGCCUCAUUGGGAUUUGCAGGACGGCAUAUGGGUUGUUGCCCAGAAGGAGAGGAUGGCGGGAUCAAUUUUCAGCCCUGGGACAGCAGUGGAAGUGAAUCUCAACAAAGAACGUCUAUUCUGUGCUUGGUUCCCAGCAAUUUAUCUUGGUGAACUAGGGGUCAACUCUUUCUUGCUUCAAUAUAAGAGCUCAAACAACUAUGAUGUUAAAGUGGUCGUAGGUGUCAAACAGAUUCGGCCUCAGCCUCCAAAGUUGGCGGAAAGAGAUUUUAGGUUGCUGGAAAAGGUGGAUGCAUUCUGUGAUAUGGAGGAGGUGAAGCAAUACAGUCAGUCAGAAUUGAGGCCUCGCAUGUACUGGACGGAUGGAAGAUGGGUUACUAUGAUCAAUGGAGAACGGGUUACUAUGAUCAACGGAAACUGGGUUCCUUACUUUAAGAAGACUAAGCAAAAGCAGGUUGGAGCACUGGACAAUCGAACAAUAGUUUCUAAUAAACGAAAAGUCAAGAAGGGUAGUGAAAUUGAAAAUGCUGAUGAAGAAGAUGUUGAAGAUGAGUAUGGACUAGACAACAUUGAAUCUUCUGGUAUAAGUUCAGAUUCUGAACUAACAGGGGGAUCUACUGCUGGAACAUCAUGUCUGCUCCCCAUAGAGGAGGUUGUACGGAAUGAAGAUGGGGUGAGCUGUGAAAUAAAAGGGAAUGGAAAACUGCGUGAAUAUCUUGUUGAACACUCAAAAGAUCCAGCAACAGGUGAGAAGCACAAUGGAACUGGAGUUGUUGCUCAAGUUGAAUUGACUAAGACUCAAGCUGUCAAUGAUAAUGGUUCUGAAGAUGCAAUGGUCGAAGCAGACACUGAAGCUACUGCAAUUGAUAUUGAGAAAAUAAUAGAGGGCUUAAGUAACCCUGCAGGGUUUUCCAGCAAACAAAAUGAGGUCAGAGGAAGACAGGUUGAAACUGGUAUAACAGGUUCUGAAGAAGGGAUGAAAGAGUCAAAAACUGUGGAUUCUGCAAUGGAUUACUCAACAAAAGAAGUUCAGGUGUCUGUGACCGGAAUAUCUGCAACGGCAUGUGCCCAUGAUCAACCUUUAUCACUGUGCAUGGAUGAAAUGCAUUCUGUAAAAGCCAUAGAGUGCUUAAGUAAUCCUGCUAGGACCGCCAACCAACAAAAUGAGGUUAGAGGAACACAAGUUGAGCAACAAGAUAGUCCACAUUUGCCUUUUGUGAGAAGUUCUCCAUUUUGGGAAAGUAUUGAAUCCAUGGAAAUAUUCAAAAGAUUUCCGCAAAAGCCACAUUUUCAUCCUCUGGUGAAGUGUAAAGCAGUUUGUCGUGAAGGAUCUGCACUUGGAAAUAUGAUAACCUUUGCCUCUUUGGUAGAGAAGACUUCCAAGUUGCAAGUUGGCGAUCCUAGAGACAUAUUUGAUAGCAAUUUGGAAGCACUAGUUGACUUGGAAAUGUUGGGAUUUGAUGUCAAGGCAGUACGACAUCGUCUGAAGGAAUUGCUAGAAAUGAAAGUUGAGUUGGGGCAGCUUCAGAACCAAUCAAAAGAAGUUGAAAUUCAGAUCACGGAGUGUACUCUUGACAGAACCAGAAAUAAUGAAACAAUCAGUCGGAUUGAUAAGAUGAUAAAGCACUUGAAGGAAAAACGGGCGAUGCUGAUGUCAAUCGAUGUGGCCAAAGGUUUUGAAAUUAGCAAGCUGCAAUCAGAAGCAAAUGCUAUUACUGAAGGAAUUCAGAAUAUCCAUCGUGAUUUUGAGAAAUUAACUACUGCAGCAUGGUGA